AAGAUGAACUUUCUAACGGGGGCCCUCAUCACAACAUUGAAGUCGUUACAAGGUCGCUCCCGCAGUGUGGUAUAUUGACGAUAUUCUCCUUAUCUAUUGGCUGUCGCGACUCUUUCUGUCUACUUUGUGUUGGCCUCAGCCUAUCAUUGAUCAAGGUUGACUACUCUACAUAUGGCGUACUUCUGAAACUCUUUCACACCGUUUAAUGUUUUGGCUGCUGCAGGUUCAUAUUACAUUUCCUCCUACGCUCCGUAGUCGUACCGCUCGGAAAUGUACGACGUUUUGGUACUUUAGUCGCUCCCAGGGAUUCCGCGCUGCCUUCAGUCGGUUGUGAAAGAUCAAGCUAUCUGUCUAAGCACGUUGUGUUCAAGUGUACUUAUGGACAAUGCGCACUCCCUCCCCUUCACCUGCGCACGUUCUCAACCAGUAGUGACCAGUGGUACUCUUUCAUGCUCACCUCUGCCAAACCCACUAACCACUCUCACAUUCUGGAUGUGGCCCCACUAUGAAUCCAUCAGGCUCUUCUUUGCAGUCUCCGGGAUAGGUCCAUUCCUUAUCCUUGACUGUGGAAAAAAGAUCUUGAACUGUGUUCAUUCUUUGAUAUGGGAUGGUGUUAUAUCCCUUUCAGAGGAGAUCCGUAUCCUCAAGAGCAAUAUGUUCACUUCAGCACAUGUCGCAUAUAUCUUUGCUCGGAUAAUCAGCUCAGUCCACUCUGCGGGCUUUCAUUGUCUAUCGUUACGAUUCACAACAGCAACUACCACCCAGGCUAUGGAUGUGCCAGCAGGACGAAUAUCAAUCGUCGAAAAUGAAACUCGUAGGAAAACCGUUGGUUCGAUGAUUCCGUCGGAUAAAGGUGGAAACGUAUACUUGACCGCUCAGACAAACGGAGCGAUAUGUGAGAAAACACUGCACAUAACAAUUUUAUUCAACUGUGCACGUAUUUGCUGACUUUCCGAAGAAUGUACUGAUGAUGUUUAGAUAUGGUAUUUGAUGUCGUAGGCUGUUCUCAUAUUUCAGGCAUCUGUGACUAAUGUUCUCCGACUUCAAUUCUCCGAACUUGCUGUAUUAUCCGCAUGUCGCUGCUUGCAUAUCCCAGAGCUGUUUAGAUCACACCAGGAUGACACUUAUGCGCUUCGAGCGGCUGUCCACUCCAUCGUGUUGGUCAAUCCCAGUCUAACUUCGUGACGGAUACCAACUACAGAUACCAAACCCCGCCAAGCUCACUCAGCUCUAGCAUGGUUGCUUCCCUAUGCUGUU